AUGGUUCAUUUCAGUUCAUCAUCCGAUCAUAAAAAAUCAGCAUCUGCAGCUUUAGCUCAAGAUGACGAUUAUUAUUACAACGAUAAUUAUAAUGAUUCCUCCGAUGAUGACAAUGAUACUUCGGGAGUGGAUAUGACCUUUUCACAACUCUAUGAAAUUAUGCGUACUCAACAGUCGGUUCCUGCGAAUAUUCUUUUGACUUUAUCAAAGAAGGAUCUUGUGUUGUGUGAAUUGAAGAGAGAGGGAAUGGCACCUCAAUUCAAACGAGAUGCACAAUAUUGGUACGACACUCUGAGUGUGUUCACUUACAAAUCGAGACAAGAUUUUCUCAUGAGUGAUUUCACACUAUGUAAUGACAUUAAUGAAAAAUUUAAAUUGAUUGAUCUUGAACGAAAAAGAAUUGACAUAUUAAGAAGAAUAUUCGUCGUGUUGAGAUAUGGAGAUUUGUUAUUUAGAAAAUCAAAGAAAACCAAUGAUUGGAUGCUGUGGAAUGAAUUGAAAGGUUUACCUAUUGCAACGGCCAUGUCACAUGGUUCUAGGAUUAUCGUUCAAUUACCAAAAUCGGCCAAUACGUCUCAAAAGAAAGGAAUUUUUAAAAAAUUGUUUAAGAAGGAUGAAUCGUCACAUGAUCAUGGAUUUUGGACGUGGUUAUUAUGUGGAGAUGAAAAUGCAAGUUUGGAUAUGGUUUGUACACCAGAAUUGACAAAUGGAUGUGAGGCUGCAAAGAAAGGAUUUCUUGUUUUUAAACGAACUGCCGCUACACACAGUUUAGGAUAUUACACAGAUGAAAUUAAGGAAGAUACAUCUGUACCAUAUUCACCAUCGAGCCCCGUCACUUCAACAAGCACUCCAACUUCCCCCUCCUCUUCGUCGUCAUCCUCAAAAAAGAAAAAAGUGAAACAACUUCGACAAAUUAGCGUCCAAUACACAGAUCAAAACAAUCAGAGAGGAACCAUGAAAAAACUCAAAGACAUUGUGGAAAUUAAGGAAAAGCUUGGAUUGAAUACUAGAAACUCGAAACUCAUUGGAAGCAAAGAAGAAGUCAUGUUAAAACAUAGACAUUGGGGUCUCAAUAUUUGCAUGGGUGGAUUUGGAAAACAAUUACCUAAUUUCCUUUCACAUAAGGAAGCAAAGAAAGCUCGAAAAAAAGGACCCAAAAAGGGAGCUAAGGUUACCUACACGACUGUAGAGCCCACUGGAGAACAUAGUCAUAUUUAUUUGUAUUACAUGUCUCCGGGACCCAAUCGUUAUGGUGGUAUCAUGAUUGGAGUGGAAGGCUCAGAACCUGGAAAAAAAGAUCAAUCAGGGGAGACUCAUGGCAUUACAGCUGGAUCUCCUUUCAUUGGUGUCACUGAUGGUAUGAAAUGGAACAAGAUUAAGGACAUGGGUAUGGAUGAGUAUCCAGACAAGUACGAUUCAUUAUUUAUUGACUUGUCGUCAGGAUGGGAAUUUUUGAAAGAGAAAGCCAAAGAAUGGCGUGACGAGAUGGUGAUGGAGACCAUUUAUGUGAAACCAGUCAAAGAUGCCGAAGAAGAAGCUCACUUUAAAGAACAGCAAUACCAAGAGGAGGAAGCAGACAAUUAUUGA